CCGCAGUGUCCACUAAAGGAUCAGGUGAUCCACUAACUACGAAGCGAAGGCUGACUGGGGAAAAUGCAAAAUGACAUAUAGCAAAUGUCGGAGCAUAAUUCAUUCACAUUUUCGGCUCAAUUUCGGACUUAAAUCGCACCGCUGGAGCUCCAAUGUAACGAUGACACGUUAGGGCUUGUUGGCGUGACUGCGAUUUUUUUUUUGAUAUUUUAAUUUAUGAUAAAUCACAUUCACAGACAAAUAUUGGUUUCAACAUGGGGUUGUGCUACAGUUUGCGUCCCCGGCUCUUCGGGGACCUGAGCGGGUCUAUCUCCAACGCUACCUCGGACUCGGACCAGCCUCCGGACGCCGCCGUGCCGACCCGCGCCGGGGGAGCUCGCCAGGAGGACACCGGGGGAUGCGGGGAGACUUCGUCGCUACGCGGCGGCGGCGGCGGCCCGGUGCGCCCCGGGGACCCUGCCAGGCUCUCGGCCGGGGAGCACCGCCGUGGAGACACCGGUACAGACGGUGUACUCAUACAAAACGGAGGUGGCGGUGGAGGAGGAGGAGGAGGUGGAGGUGGUGGUGGCGGUGGAGGUGGCAGCGGUAAGGGGACAGGGAAGGACCGCGGCCGACGCUUACAGCUGCUUCAAAAGACUAGCACCCAAAAGCCGAAAAACUGGGACAAAUUGCUGGUGGAGGAGAAGGAGGCCGAGAAGGAGGCGAAGAAAGUCAGUAAGAAUAUUGACAGGACGCUGAAGGAGCUCAAACGGGAGUAUAAACAGACGCAUCGGCUGCUGCUGCUCGGUGCGGGAGAGUCCGGAAAAAGCACCAUUGUGAAGCAGAUGAGGAUCCUACACGUCAACGGCUUCAACGCAGAAGAAAAGAAACAGAAAAUCCAAGAUAUUCGGAAAAACGUGAAGGAUGCCAUAGUGACUAUAGUGUCUGCGAUGAGCACUUUAAUACCCCCAGUCCCGCUAGCCAACCCAGAGGACCAAUUCAGAAUCGAAUACAUCAAAAGCAUAGCACCUCUCUCCGACUUUGACUAUUCACAGGAGUUCUUUGAUCAUGCAAAGAAGCUGUGGGACGAUGAAGGAGUGAAGGCAUGCUUUGAAAGGUCCAAUGAGUACCAGCUCAUCGACUGCGCACAAUAUUUCCUGGACAGAAUUGACUCUGUAAGACAGAGCGACUACACACCAACGGACCAGGAUCUGCUACGCUGCCGAGUGUUAACUUCAGGGAUUUUCGAGACGAGGUUCCAAGUAGACAAAGUGAACUUUCACAUGUUUGAUGUUGGAGGCCAGAGAGAUGAAAGGAGAAAAUGGAUCCAGUGCUUUAAUGACGUCACUGCUAUCAUCUUCGUGGUGGCCAGCAGCAGCUACAACAUGGUAAUAAGGGAAGACAAUAACACCAACAGGCUACGGGAAGCCCUGGACCUCUUCCGCAGUAUUUGGAACAACAGAUGGUUACGUACUAUAUCGGUCAUAUUAUUCCUGAACAAGCAGGACAUGCUGGCUGAGAAAGUAUUAGCUGGAAAAUCCAAAAUUGAAGACUACUUCCCCGAAUAUGCUCGCUACACCAUACCAAAUGAAGCAACUCCUGAACCUGGUGAAGACCCAAGAGUGACGAGAGCGAAGUUCUUCAUCCGAGAUGAGUUUCUUCGGAUCAGCACUGCGAGCGGCGACGGCAGACACUACUGCUACCCCCACUUCACCUGCGCCGUGGACACAGAGAACAUCCGGCGGGUGUUCAACGACUGCCGGGACAUCAUCCAGAGAAUGCACCUGCGGCAGUACGAACUCUUGUGAUGGGACCGCCUCCGUCAGCCUUCUGUGUUUUCUCCACCAUUCUGCAUCCUUGACGAACCCUUCCUCUUCCUCCUCCUCCUCCUCCUCCUCCUCCUCCACCUCCUCCACCACCUCCUACUCCUCCCCUGAACCUCCACCCACCCACCUCCUCCUCCUCCUCCUCCUCCCCCCAAAGAAACCCUCAACAACCCCUGACCACCCCUCCUGUCGAGGACUAUGAAGUACUACUGAAGUGUGUCAAAUCCUCUUCCUCUUCUUAACUUCUUAGCUUUUUGUACGUUUUUUUUUUUUUUUUUUUUUUUUUUUUCUCUCUGAGACCGAUUCAUCCCCAUUUCACCGAUGUAAAAGGAAGGUUGGGGAACAAAGUUGUUGCGUGCCGCUUUUUUUUUUUUUUUUUUUUUUUUAAUCCUUCCUUUUGA